UUGUUUUGCAGUGAAUGUUUGUGCACUCCCCAAAAGUGGCUGUAUCUCCCUCUUCCUGAACUCUAACUGUUAUGACUCCUCGUCCAGUGUGUGCCAGAGACUGUCCUGUUGUGUUCGCGAAUGAUGUUUCCCCUGUGCAUAAUUGUUGGUGAUUCGGGAAUAGUUGUGAAGUGUCUGUGGCGCGCUUGGUAACGCUUGUGGGCUGUUUUCUUGUGUGGCUUGGAGUGUGCGACUUAGAAGACGGUCGAGGCGGGGCAGAAGCGGCUAUUGACACAAUUUCUUGGCGGAUCCGAGGUCACUCGAGUGCGUGUCUUCUGCGCAGAGUGCGGAAGUGGCCGCGCGCAGGCGGUGUGGGGCAGGUCCCGGAGGAUGAGCAGGAUGAGUCACGACAUCUGAGCCAUGGACGAGCAGGACAUUCUCAAGACGGUGGAGGCCGUGCUGGGCAAAAAUUGUGUCAUUGUGGACUGCGAGACCACGUCCACGGUGCGCGAGGAGGAGGUGCUGACCAUCAACGGGGUUCCCGUGCGCCUGGACGGCUCUGAGCAGGACGCCAUCCGGGCGGCGCUGAGUACGGGCCAGGUGCCUCCGUGUGACCUCCUCAACCAAAUCCUCUACCAGGCCGGCAUCCUGCGGCAGCCCGUGCGUCUGGAGACUUCCCUCAGCAUCAAAUCCUCCAUCGUGCACACGGAGGAAGUUAGCGUGGCGCGAGACGGACGUGUCCUGGACGAGAGGAUGUGCGAGAAGAAGGAGAGUAACUGCUACACCAGUUCCUGCACCGAGGUUUGGGAGCCAGUGGGCUCACGCCAGAGAACGCCUCGGGUCACGCAGAAGCAGGGCGACACGCCGUCCAGCAGUGGUUGCAGCAUUCCGGCGGUGUCCUCGUGCAAACUCACGGCGGACGGCAGGAGCACGACCUCAGCCGCAACCAUCAGCAACUCCGACUCUGGUCAUCAUGGCAACACCUCAAGGGCCACCAUGAGGACGCCCUCGUCCUCCUGCUACGACGAUUUCCCCUCAGCCAGCGAAGAAACGCCGAUCUUCAUCAAGACAGCGCCUCAGGUGUCAGUGGACCAACACUCGGAUAAUCAGGAGGACGUGGGACCCAACAGUGUUCUCGUGUACCGCGAUGGUGUGCUGGUGGCGGCGCCGCUGGAGGCCUUGAUUCAGCACAUGGUGCCCACGUGUGACUACUAUCCGGAGCAGAAGUUUCUCUUUGCCUUCCUCCUGAGCGGUCGCCUCUUCCUCAAGCCGGUGGACUUGCUGGCCAAAGUGUGCCAUCUGGGCGACAUGGAGCAGAAGAAGCUCCAGCUGGAGGGCCGGGCAAGGGACGAUGGGAAGCUGAUGUGUGUGGUGAGGAACUUUGUGCAGCUGAUCGCCGAGUGGGUGGAGACUUUCCCCUAUGACUUUCGAGAUGAUCAGAUGAUGAUGAUGGUGAAGCAGGUCACGCAAAAGUGCAUUGCAUGCGAUCCGCGACUGAGGCGGGAUGUGACAAACCUAGUGCAGACGCUCGUGGGGCGCCUCACGAAGUUGGAUCGCUACGAGGAGUUUUUGGAGAGGCUGAGACAACAGGAGCUGAGUCACACCACCGAUAUACAGCAACAGAGUACAACGCCGAGUGAAAUGUGCCAACUGGUGCAGGAUGUCACGGACAUCUGUCCCAAUCCAACUGUUCUAGCUCAUCAGCUCACGCACAUUGAGCUGGAGAGAUUGUCCUACAUUGGUCCGGAGGAGUUUGUGCAGGCCUUUAGCAAGGAGAACCCCCCGAAUCUCACUGCCACCGAUGCCUCGACGGCUCAUCACUCCGCCCACGUGCCAGGCACACCGGGCAGCAGUGCCGGUGAUGCCAAGAAAACGCGGAAUCUCGAAUCCUACGUGCAGUGGUUCAACCGUCUCAGUUACAUGGUGGCCACAUCCAUUGUCAGACAUGGGAAGAAGAAGCAGCGCGUCCGCUUGAUGGAGUUCUGGAUUGAGGCGGCACGUGAGUGCUUCAACAUUGGCAACUUCAACAGUUUGAUGGCAAUUGUAGCGGGCUUGAAUAUGUCACCGAUUUCAAGACUGAAGAAGACAUGGGCCAAAGUGCAGUCGGCCAAGUUCUCAAUUCUCGAACAUCAAAUGGAUCCGAGCAGCAAUUUCAGCAGUUACAGAUCCACGCUCAAGGCCGCCGUUUGGCGAUCUUCAGGGACCACAGAUGAGAGGCAACGGAUCGUGAUUCCCUUCUUCAGUUUACUAGUCAAAGAUUUAUACUUUCUCAAUCAAGGAUGCUCAAAUCGUUUACCAAAUGGACAAAUCAAUUUCGAGAAAUUUUGGCAGCUUGCGAAGCAAAUAAUGGAGUUCAUCUCAUGGAAGCAAGUUCGGUGUCCGUUCGAGAGGCACGCCAACAUCAUCAAAUUUCUGCAAGUUAGUCCUGUUCUCAAUGAGAACACCUUGUCAAUGGUGUCUUUUGAGCUAGAGCAGCCAGAGAAUAACCAUGACAAGGAGAGGUACAAGACCCUCAAGAGUGAGCACAACAACCACUAAAGGGCAGGUUUUGCAAUUUUUGUGAAGAAAGGGGAUGGAAUGAAUGCUUGAGUUCAUUUUGAAGCAUUGGAAUGGAACACUAUCUUGAUACUUACAGUCGUAUAUUUUCUAUAAACAAUGUAAUUUUUGAUAUGAAGAGCGAGAGAAGUUUAAUAUAUUUAAAUUUUACAUUUUAAGGUGGCAUCUAUUCUGAAGAAUUUGUACAAAAUAUUUCUGUGACGUAAGAAUUACGCACUCUUUCAUUUCAUUAUGACAAAUCUCAUGUUUUCAAUAUCGCUUUUUUACGUAAAGGAAAAUCAUAGAGGCAGAGAUAGGGAAUAAAUGUGGGGUGGAAUCGCAAAAUACUUAAAUAGAAUCUUUGUUCUUUUGAAUGGCACUAAAGUAAAUAGUUAUAUAUUAAAAUAGGAUACAUAUCAUUGUAUUUUCUCAUCAUUCCGCAAGAAAUUCACUUUUCUAUCCUCUAUAGAAGGGUGUUUUGAUGAUACAAUUGCCUAAAUAGCAAAUCUGUCUCGAAGUAAAAAUAUAUGAUACAAAAGUAACAGUAUUACAAAAAGGAGUAUAAAAUGUAGAGGACAAAAAUGGCUUAAAAUGAAGAUGUAGAAGAGUAGCACUAUAUCGAGGAAAUUGUAAUUAUUUGACGACGGAAGUUGCAAGAGGAUGAAAAUAAAGCAUUUAAAUGAUAAAGCAAU